UUUACGAAAACAGCAUUCCACCAUCGCCUUCGAAUUUUUCGCGUCCAUUGCCGUACCGCGCGGAAGUCACUGCUCCUACUGGAACGAGGAAUUCUCGCCAGGCACAAUAUGAGAGUAAAGCACAAGGCAAGAGGAAACCUCCUGUGCGAUCAAACCGGUCACAGUUGACCCUCUUGACUCUUGUGUGCUUGGUGUCUUUCGUAAUAUUUGUGAUGAUCCUUAUGAUAUUCGUUGGAGGAGUAUUGAAGGGUUGUAGCUGUCCUGUAAACCAAGACGAUUCUUCUGGAACUCGCAGUUCGGCUUCUGCCUCACUUACUGAAAUAUUAGACAGAAUCAAGGGGUUGGAGGAGAAUGUCACAAGUCUUCAGAUACGUUUGGAAGAGAAAAACCAAGAGCUGAUGGAAAUUCGUCUAUUACUGCCAAAACUUGAAGAAAACGUUACGAAAGGGGCACUACAAGACUUCGGUGUGGAGCUUAAUUCAACAAGAAGUAACCUGCAAGAUGCAGACGUCAAGUUGCAGAAAUCUUUAGCUGCCGUUAAUUCAUCUCUUGUGGAAAAGAUCGACGAUCUGGCCUUUACGACGACCCAGUUGUCAUCAAUCCUGGAGACGUCAUUAAACAACGUUGAAAAGCUUAACAAGACGCUUGCAAACACAAGGAGUGAGUUCAAAGAGAACGAGUCAUCACUGAAAUCAAGUUUGAACUCCUCAAUUGUCAACUUACACCAGAGUGUGGAAGAAAUCAGCACGAAUAAUUCCAAACAGGUUGAUCGCCUUACCUCAUGGAUAACAACAUUAUAUGCUUUAGCUAAUCAAACCAAAGAUAGGUUCAACGAUUUCAAGAAUGAUACUGAAAGUUCCCUUUUAUCGGUGAAUACUGGACUCAAACGCUUGGAGGAAAAUUUAAAUGUGUUAGAAAACAAGUUAGCUAUUGCGAUGUCUGAAACGAAUGUAAAGCUAAACAGCAGCACAGGAAGACUUUUUCAAGAAGAUGCCAUCAUCAGGAAUCUGAUUGAGGCCAUCAACAUCACUUUAUCUUUGAAGAUAGAGAAUUUUAGCAAGCUACAAGGCCCAAUUGGACCACGCGGUUUCAACGGCUCUAAAGGGGCGAUUGGAUCAGCCGGACCUCAGGGAUUCAAUGGAACACAAGGUACCCAAGGGGUGAUAGGCCCCCCGGGGUUUAAUGGAUCAGAAGGACCACCAGGGCCACAGGGACCAAACGGAGCAGGAGACUUCUCCCAGUGUGAACACAAGGAAGAGAAUUUGAAUGGAAACCAAGAUCCAGUCACCAGCUACACUUUACCAAGUCCAAUUAAAGUUACCGUGGGUGAACCAAGUGGUAAAAAGAUUGUUGGUGUCUCAUGUUCAACAGACCAUGCUCAGCUUUCUCUGCUCUCGACCAAGAUAAAAGCAUCUAAUAAACAGUUGUUCUACCACUGUAGCUGUUAUGGUCAUCAUGGAACAGGCCAGGCUGCUAUUCAGUGCGUCAUGCAUUACUGGGAAUGUCCGCUGACCACAUGAACACGAAAACGAUUGUUGUUUUGAUUGGGUGAAGAAACUUUGCAAAAGUCUUUCGCCGUGAAUUGCCCUUGGAUUUCAGUUUAAUUUUGAAAUGAUUUUUACUUUGAUAAUGCAAUUGCUUUUGCUUUUAAAUUUGAUUGCUACUUCAUUUCACUUUCAAUCGUUCUUUUUCCUUUGUUUUGCAGUCACGUUCCAUUUUACUUUCAGUUUUGAUUUAUUUUUUAUUUUAUUUUUUAUUAAAUCUUUGAAAAAUUGUAAAAUUUUGAGUGGCAGCCCUCGGCUACCAUACCGGUACUACGAAUUUCACUCACGUGGACAUAUGUAUCCCAUGAAGUGAAAUUUAGUUUUCUGAUAAAACAUUUAAGAAACAUGCGAUUCGCACGGGUCCUUACUUUACUACUGAAAGACCAAAAAAACAUGAUCGAUUUUGAUUACUUCAAGAGUAAUGCAUUAGCAGGAAAAUUUCUUCUUUAAUCUUAAUCCUUUUCUUGAUAUGAUCCUUUUAUUAGGGACGUAGCUAGGGUUUUUUAAAUCUUUUAACUUUUAAGAGCUGAUUGUGAAUUCUUCCAUCUGGUUGCGACAUAAUUCCUUGUAAAUAAGUAACGAGAUGUUGGUGUUAUAAUAUAUCUCUACCUGAUAAGUUUAUUUAUUCUUAUUACCUGUUUCCUGGAUAAUGAAUGGAUUUUAUUGAGAGAAGCUACAUGUUAAUCACUGCUGAGAGUUAAAGGGUCAACGAGUGUUACAGUCACGAAUUUCCGCUCAGUCCACGGUAGAUGGCUUUUACUCCCUCUUUUCCGUGUGUAUCGCAGGCUCGGGUUUAUAUGGCGAGGGGACUGUACAUAUUAUCAAGUCAGUGAAAUAGAAGUCUUUAACCCUUUAACUCACAGGAUCUGAUUGCUUAUUCUCCCCUCUAGGUGCUACAUAUUUUUCUGUAAAUAAAUUACGAGAAUUUGGUUUUAGAUCAAGAUAACAACUUUUACCUUUUAACUUUUUUUGUUCUCAUCACCUUUUUGCUGAAUAAUACAUGGAUAUUGUAGGGAAGAAGUUACUUGUUAAUGACUUCUGAGAGUUUAAGGGUUGAAUUCAGUUUUACGAAAACGUGUGAACACGAAGAGCUUCAUAGCGCCAAUAUAUUACGUUAUGCCGGUUAGAAACCAAUUGUGGCAAACACGGUAAAGUAUUGGUACCAUGUAGCUCUUCGUGAAUUGAAAGACUUUUAUUUUCAGUCACUUUUUUAAGGAAAACAAAAAAAAAUAGUAGCUUCGGGUUAGGUAGGGCUCGAGUCAUCGAGGUGGAUCUUGAAUUUCAGUCAUCCUGUUAACCCGUAAUAGGGAGUGAUGUUUUUGCUAUCAGUUGUUCAAUCAACAGCCGUUUUGAUUCAUUUAAUUUGUUUCAGUAGAGCUUUUUGAUAAGAACGUUUAGUCUGGGAAGUUUAACCAAAUUUAUAUAAUUAUAUAACAAAAAUAUAUAGGCUGAGAUGUUCAUCGCAGAAGUAGAGGAUAUUUUAGAUUUUAUUUUAUAGUUAAACUACUCUGCUGAUCGAGUGAUUCUGUGCGCGUUAUUCAACUGUUCUUAAGGGUGUGACUGUUUUAAAGUACAGUUGUACUGUUUAUUGGACGUCUGGCACGUGUACAUAGAGCUAUAUAUGUUACUUACACAAUAAAACUGAAACUUGGUUUUCAAUACGCUGUAUGCAAUUUUCAAAUUUCUGAUGAAACUAAACUUUAUUGGGCU